AUGGAUGAAGAGGUGAGACAAUUCAAAAUGAAUUACAUUCCAGGUAACACAGACUCACAAUUCAUCUUUAAUCUCGCUGAGUCCUCAAGCACAGAUUGUUCUCAGGAUGCAGACAUCGCUUUCCUCAUCGACACCUCCAGAAGUCUGGGUCUACAAGCUUACAAAAAGGAGCUCCACUUUGUAGAAAGAGUCUUGGAGCGAUACGAGAUAGGAACGAACAAAACCAAAGUAGCGGUGAUUACCUUCAGCGCUGGCAGCAAACUGGAGUUUGACUUUAACCGUUAUAAUAGAAAAGAUGAAGUUUUGCGGGCCAUUAGAAGUAUUCCGUACACGGACGGAUUGUGUACUACCAUAUAUAGGGCACUAAAACAAGCUAGAGAGGAAGUGUUUGUUCCACAGGCCGGCGACAGAGAAAACUUCAAGAAUUUGGCCGUCAUUCUGACGGAUGGAGAGACAAACCCAGGUAGGUACGAUCUCUAUACUUUACCAAAGGCUAAAUCCCUAACGAGACAGGAAGCAAACGACUUGAAGUUUCAUGGUGUGGAGGUGUUUGGUAUUGGAGUGGGUCAUCGUGUGGACCACGUGGAGAUGAUAGGGAUAUCUAGUGGGGCCAGGAAUUAUUAUCGCGUGGACGACAUCGACGAUUUAGAGAAAUCCAGACUGUUUCACAUACUCCUUAAUAAAGUCUGUGCAAGGUGUAACAACAAACCUGCAGACAUCUUCUUCAUUGUGGACAAAUCCUCCAGUCUCGGCAGUGUGGCAAAUUUUGACAAGGAACUAUCCUUCAUUGCCAGAUUUGUAGAGGGGUUUAACAUUGGACAGGGUACCCAGGACGUGAGGGUCGGUGUUAUAUCCUUUAGCACGGACGCCCAGUUAGAAUUCGGACUCUCUGCUUACGGCGACAAAAGAAGUUUACAAGACGCACUGCUAGAUAUUAAAUUCUCGCUUGGAAAUACGUAUACUCAUAAGGCGUUUGAAAUUUUACUAAAUCAGGGAUUCUCGGCUUCACCGCGCCCCCUUACAGUGCCUCGUGUGGGUGUGAUUAUGACAGACGGCCAGUCUACAAAUCCAUACAAACUGGACGACGUUCUAAAGCUGGUCAAACUCAGAGGAAUAGAAAUAUUCUCUAUUGGUUUUGGGAGUGUGGACAUCCCAGAGUUAAAUAAGAUGGCAACAGUUCCGGAUCACACUCACGUAUUUGUCGUGGAUGAUAUUCACACGCUCGACACCGUGCGGGACGAAUUAUAUCUGGAGAUCUGCAAUCUGAUUGGACAGUCCUAAUACACCCCUACCCAGUGGCCAAAUCUACCUCAUACGUACCUUAUAUUUAUUUCGGUUAUUUAAUUUCACUUUUGAGUAGACAGUCGUUUUGGCGGUCUACUUUCAACUACAAGAUUGAUAUCAAAAGGCAAUUUGUAAAACUAAUAACAUGCAAUAAUGCUUUUCAAGAUUUUUA